AUGGAUAAUCCUUUAUAUACUGCCAAACAAUCAACACCGAUUCCUGAAGAUUCAGACGGUCAGGUGAAGAUUUCAUUCGGUGAAACUGUUUUAUCUGUUGAUGAUCCAAAAUCAGUCAAACAGACAUCAUUUGAUUUAUUUCAAUACAAACUUCGUCGUUUAAUAGAGAGUAUUGGUUUUCGAUUGGCUAUUGCAAUUUUAUUUAUUUCUGAUUUGAUUAUUAUUAUUGUUUCGACAAUACUUGGAUUUAAAGAUAAGGAUUCUCACGUAUUGGAUAUAGUGAGUUUAAUUCUCUCUGUUAUUUUUAUGUUGGAUAUUCUUCUUCGUAUUGUUGCUCAAGGACGAGAGUUUUUUCACAAGAAACUCGAAAUACUUGAUUUAGUUGUAAUGACUGCUGGCCUUGUUGUAAAUAUUAUAAUUAUGUCUCCACUCGUCGAACAUCAACAAGGACAGAUCGGAAAAGUUAUUGUUUUACCACGUUUAUUUCGGGUAUUCAACUUAAUUCGAACAAUACGUAUUAUUCGUCAUCGAGAACAUGUCAAAACGGGUUCUCGUCAUUUAGUUGGACAAAAUAAAAAACGAACUAUUGGAAAUGGAUUUGAUCUUGACUUAUGCUGUAUAAGUGAUAGAAUUAUUGCUAUGUCUUUUCCAAGUAAAGGCACUGAUGCUUUUUUCCGAAAUGAUAUUGUUGAUGUCAGUCAUUAUCUCGAUUUAACUUAUGGCGAUCAUUAUCGUGUAUACAAUCUAUGCAGCGAACGUUAUUACAAUACAGCUUAUUUUCAUAAUCGAGUUGAACGUAUUCUAAUUGAUGAUCAUAAUGUACCAAGACUAAAUGAUCUGAUUCGGAUGGCUGAUUCAGUUACUGCAUGGUUUGAAGAAAAUGAAAAAAAUGUUAUUGCUGUUCAUUGUAAAGGUGGUAAAGGUCGAACAGGAACAAUGAUAUCUGUUGCUCUAUUAAAAACUGGUGUUUGUCAGACAGCUGAGGAAGCAUUGACUUUAUUUGCCGAAGGUCGAACAGAUUUACGUCAUGGUAAACAAUACCAAGGUGUUGAAACACCGUCACAAACACGUUAUGUUGGUUAUUAUGAAAAAAUUCUUCAUGUUUAUAAUCAUCAAAUGCCACCAACAAAAAUCCUUAAAUUAAAAACAAUUGUUAUCAGAGGAAUAGCUAGUGUUGGCAAUGGUGAUGGUAGUGAUUUAUUUUUUACAGUAGGAAACUAUGAUGAAUUAUUAGGUAGAUUCCAAUUAGCUCCAGAUAGUCGGGUUAAUAUUAGUCUUUGCAAGAACGAACAUAAUAAAGAAGAAGAUACAAUAACUAUUUCGGACAUUCAUUUAUCUCCAUUGAAAGGCGAUGUUAAAAUAAUGUUCUUUUCUACUAAUAAAAAAGUACCAAAAAAUUAUGAUAAUUGUGCAUUUUACUUUUGGCUUAAUACAUCAUUUAUUGAAAAUAAUUCACUUUUAUUAAAACGUGAAGAAUUAGAUAAUCCGCAUAAAGCUAAAACAUGGCAUAUCUUCCAAGAAAAAUUUUCCGUAUUACUCGUAUUCGAUAGUGAAGUAUAA